AUGGCGAACAGCAAGUAUGAGUAUGUGAAGUCAUUUGAAGUUGAAGACGAAGUCAUGGUACCCAACAUCAUAGUUGUGCGCAUAGAUGGGCGUGAUUUUGGCAGGUUUUCAGAAGCACAUGAGUUUGACAAACCGUAUGAUGCAAAGGCCUUGCACUUGAUGAAUGCUUGCAGUACUGCAAUCCUGGAGGAGUUUCCAGAUAUCGCAUUUGCAUAUGGAUUCAGUGAUGAGUUUAGUUUUGUAUUCAAGAAAGAAACCAAAUUUUACCAGAGACGAGCCAGCAAAAUAUACUCCCUUAUUGUGUCUUUUUUCACGUCUGUAUUUGUCACCAAAUGGAAGGACUUUUUUCCUCAACUGGAACUAAGGAUUCCUCCUUCAUUUAAAUCAUGCGUCAUUUGUUGUGCAUCAAUGGAGGUUCUUCAAGCAUAUCUCACCUGGAGACAAAAUGAGUGUCACAUAAAAAAUCUGUAUGCUACUUGUUUUUGGGAGCUUGUAAAAUGUGGAAAGCCUGAAAUAGAGGCUAAAUUGAUUCUGAAGGGAACUCAAAAACAGGAGAAAAAUGAACUUCUUUUUCAACAGUUUGGUAUUAACUACAAAAAAGAUGUUCAGGAGAUAUUUCGUCAGGGAUCAUGUGCUCUUAGGAAAGAGAUUGAAGAUAUUGUGAAGUACCAGGAAGAUGGCACUCCUGUUAGGAGGAGGAGGAAGAAAGUAAUUAUUGUGCAUUCUGAAAAUAUAACAGCUAGAAGCUUCUGGAAUGAUCAGCAAUCUCUUAGUAAAGAUGUGGGUUCUUUUGGAGAAUGCAUUGAAAAUAUUAAACCUGAGUAUAUCAAGUCUUUCCAAUUUGAAAGCAGACUGAUGCCAUCUACUUGGAUUGUCAUUCGAAUUGAUGGUUGCCACUUCCAUAGGUUUUGUGAUGCUCAUGGUUUUGACAAACCAAAUGAUGUGCAAGCUUUGAACCUUAUGAAUUCUUGCGCAGUUUCUGUGGUGGAGGAGUUUAAAGAUAUUGUCUUCGCAUAUGGGGUGAGCGAUGAAUACAGCUUUGUUCUGAAGAAAGACUCUUUGCUUUAUGAAAGGCAUGCCAGUGAAAUAGUCUCUGCCAUUGUCUCUCUCUUCUCUUGCAUAUAUAUGAUGAAGUGGAAGGAGUUUUUCCCCCAAAAAGACUUGAAGUAUCCACCAUAUUUUGAUGGACGAUCUGUUUGCUAUCCUUCCUCUAAGAUUCUCCGAGAUUAUUUGGCUUGGAGACAAGUUGACUGCCACAUUAAUAAUCAGUACAAUACUUGUUUCUGGAUGCUCGUCAAAUCUGGCAAGAGCAAAACUGAGUCUCAAAACUGCCUUAAGGGCACUCAAACACGAGAAAAAAAUGAAAUGCUUUCCCAAUUUGGGAUUGAUUACCACAAUUUACCCGCCAUUUUUCGUCAGGGGUCCUCUGUUUUCUGGAACAAGACGGAAACAAAAUCAGACUGCAGUACUGAAGGUGCAAUAGAGAAAUGUCGCAAGAAAGUUGUGGUUGAGCAUUGCAAUAUAAUUGAUACAAGCUUUUGGAAAGCACACCCAACAAUACUUGAAGAGGAUACCCACUGUGUUCAAGCACUAGUACCUCAACUUGUAGCUAAUGCAGCUUUUGAUACUUGUAGUGAAGUAGAUCAAUAAUUUAUUAUGGAUCUUGAUUCCUGUGCCUAUCCAAAAGCAUUUUUUGUUUUCUUUUCUGUGCAUUUUCUUUAAAAUGAAGUAAAGGUGGUGAAUUUAGAAUCUAAAUCUCAUUGAUUAUUAAAUAACAUUUGGCUUUGUUUGGCAAUCUUCACAAAA